UCUGGAUGUCGAUGGCAGGACAAAGGGGCAUCUGGACUAUGGGCGACGUGGUAGAGAAAAGUUUGGAAGAGCCAUUGGCACCUCCUGCAGAUGAACCCUCCCAGAAAAGGGGGGACCUGGUAGAAAUCUUAAAUGGUGAUAAGGCAAAAUUUGACGACACGGGACUGUCCUUAAUUCUGCAGAAUGGCCUGGAGACCCUCCGAGUGGAAAAUGCUCUGACAGAUGUCAUCUUGUGUGUGGACAUUCAGGAAUUCUCCUGCCACCGCGUGGUGCUUGCUGCGGCCAGCAACUAUUUCAGGGCCAUGUUCUGCAAUGACUUAAAGGAAAAGUAUGAGAAGAGGAUCAUUAUCAAAGGAGUCGAUGCUGAGACCAUGCACACUCUCCUGGACUACACCUACACCAGCAAGGCGCUGAUCACCAAGCAGAACGUCCAGCGGGUCCUGGAAGCGGCUAACCUCUUCCAGUUCCUGCGGAUGGUGGAUGCCUGCGCCAGCUUCCUCACCGAAGCCUUGAACCCAGAGAACUGCGUUGGGAUCCUGAGGCUGGCGGACACGCACUCCCUGGACAGUCUAAAGAAGCAGGUUCAAAGUUACAUCAUCCAAAACUUCGUGCAGAUUCUGAACGCCGAGGAGUUCCUUGAGCUCCCCGUGGACACUCUGUACCACAUCUUGAAGAGCGAUGACCUUUAUGUGACGGAGGAGGCUCAGGUGUUUGAGACGGUGAUGAGCUGGGUCCGGCACAAGCAGUCGGAGCGGCUCUGCUUGCUCCCCUACAUCCUGGAGUACGUGCGCCUGCCGCUUCUGGACCCGUGGUACUUUGUGGAGACGGUGGAGGCAGAUCCUCUCAUCAGGCAGUGCCCGGAGGUCUUCCCGCUGCUCCAGGAAGCCAGGAUGUACCACCUUUCUGGCAAUGAGAUAAUAUCAGAGCGCACCAAGCCCAGGAUGCAUGAGUUCCAGUCUGAGGUGUUUAUGAUCAUCGGUGGCUGCACGAAGGAUGAACGAUUUGUGGCGGAGGUAACCUGCCUGGACCCCCUGAGGCGCAGCCGCCUGGAGGUGGCCAAGCUCCCGAUGACGGAGCAUGAGCUGGAGAGUGAGAAUAAGAAGUGGGUGGAGUUUGCAUGCGUGACAUUAAAAAAUGAGGUCUACAUUUCAGGUGGCAAAGAAACACAGCACGAUGUUUGGAAAUAUAAUUCUUCGAUCAACAAAUGGAUCCAAAUAGAGUAUUUGAACAUAGGCCGCUGGAGGCAUAAGAUGGUGGUGUUGGGUGGCAAGGUCUAUGUGAUCGGAGGUUUUGAUGGCUUGCAGAGGAUCAACAACGUGGAGACCUACGACCCCUUCCACAACUGCUGGUCAGAGGUGGCGCCCCUCCUCGUCCAUGUCAGUUCCUUCGCAGCCACCAGCCACAAGAAGAAGCUCUAUGUGAUUGGGGGAGGGCCCAAUGGAAAACUGGCCACGGACAAGACUCAGUGUUACGACCCUUCCACCAACAAGUGGAGUUUAAAGUCGCCCAUGCCAGUGGAGGCUAAAUGCAUCAAUGCAGUGAGUUUCCGGGACCGCAUCUAUGUCGUUGGUGGGGCCAUGAGAGCGCUGUACGCCUACAGCCCCCUGGAGGACACCUGGAGCCUGGUCACCCAGCUCAGCCACGAGAGGGCCAGCUGCGGCAUCGCGCCCUGCAACAACCGGCUCUACAUCACGGGCGGGCGCGACGAGAAGAACGAGGUCAUCGCCACGGUGCUGUGCUGGGACCCGGAGGCCCAGAAACUGACGGAGGAGUGCGUGCUGCCCCGGGGGGUGUCCCACCACGGCAGCGUGACCAUCAGGAAGUCCUACACCCACAUACGGAGGAUCGUGCCCGGCGCCGUGUCGGUCUGA